AAAUGAAAAUGUUUACAGGAAAAGUCGGAGGCAGAGAAUGUCAAUUGCCAAUAAAUCAGGAAUGAAAUGGCUAAGCAAAACAAAAAAAGCAGACAGAAAAAGAGAAGCCAGACAAAACAAAAGAAGAAGCGCAACGGAAACAGCGGGAAAAAGUCAAGCCUGUACGAAACUUUCUAGGGUUUAACAGACAGAGCUCGCUGGCAAGAGAACGAAGGGCGUUUGCCUCAUUUUUUUUUUACCCGCUUCUUCCAUUUCAUCCUGUUUUCGCGCUAGAUUAUCCUCUUUUUCCGUCGAUCCGUUCUCCUUGUUCUUGUUGCUCUGAUUUUGUUUUGGGGGUGGGGCGUUCGUUUGGGAGGAGAUGUCGAUUACGACGAAGGUGGACAAGGCAACGAGCGAUCUGCUCAUUGCUCCAGAUUGGACCACGAACAUGGAAAUAUGCGACGCCAUCAAUUCAGAUCUAUUACAAGCGAAGGAGGCGACCAAGGCCGUGAAGAAGCGGCUUCAGCACAAGAAUCCCGCCGUUCAAUUGCUGGCCUUGACGCUCCUGGAAACUAUAAUGAAAAAUUGUGGUGAAUAUGUACAUCUCCAAGUUGUUGAGAGAAAUAUUUUGCAAGAGAUGAUUAAGAUUGUAAGAAAAAAGAGUGAUAUGCAUGUGAGGGACAAGAUUCUAGUACUGCUUGGGUCCUGGCAAGAAGCAUUUGGUGGUCCUCAAGGAAAGUAUCCUCAAUAUUACUGGGCUUAUGAUGAACUAAGGCGAUCUGGAGUGGAAUUCCCCCGACAUUUAAAAGAUGCAGCACCUAUAUUUACUCCACCAGUUACCCAUCCAAUCGUCAGGAAACCUGAGGUAUCAUACGGCAUGCCAUCCCAUUCAUCUAGAAGGCUUGAUGAAGCCAUGGCUUCUGAAAGAGAUCUACUAAGUUCCUCAAGCUUGGAUGCAAUUCAGAGUGUUGUGGAACUUUUGAAAGAUAUGCUUGAUGCUAUAAGUCCAAAUGACCCUGAGGCUGUUAAAAAUGAAGUGAUUAUGGAUCUUGUUAGCCAAUGCCAUUCUCACCAGAAAAGGCUCAUGCAAUUGGUGAACUCAACAGCUGACGAAGAGCUUCUUGCACGAGUCCUUGCUUUAAAUGAUAGCAUCCAAACUUUGCUAGCUAAGCAUGAUGCCAUAGCUCGUGGUUCACCUAUGCCAUCAACACCACCACCACCAUCUGUCUCCCAGGAUAGUCCAAUCUCAUCCUCUCUACCUCCUGCAGCUUCAAGACAGGAGGACAUCGAUGAAGAGGAAGAAGAUGAUGACUUUGCUCAGCUUGCUCGCAGGCCAAAGGGCAGACCUAUCAUUUCACCAACCACAUCAACUGAAGCUGCUGGUUCAGUCAAUUCUGAAAGGUUGCAGGAUUCGUCAGGUACAGACACAGCCUCAAGCUCUAUAUUCACUGGUCCCCUGGCUCUUCCAGCUCCACCCCAACCUGUGAGAACUUCAGUACCCAAAGAACAAGAUCUCAUUGACCUUCUCAGCACCAAUCUGUCUACCACAAAUUUGUCUCCACAUACACCCGGGACUCCAUUCACCCCACCUGCUGCUAGCAACAGUCACCUCCAUGCAACAUCUCCAACGAUGGGCCCAUCUUCAUUUUCUCCUAAUGGACGUAGCAACCCUGUAUCUUCUCCGACAGUGGUUCAAUCCCACUUCUCCCCUAAUGGACAUGCCUACCCCAUAUCAUCUCCAACCAUGGGUCAAUUUCAGUUCUCCCCCAGUCGGCAUGCCUACCCCAUGUCUGCUCCGACCAUGGGCCAACCCUCAUAUGCUUCGAAUGGGAUUAGCUACCCUGUAUCUUCUCAAUACUAUCCUGUUCAACAAAGGCAGGUUGCGUUCAACAACUACAUUGCCCCAUGGGCACAUGCAUCAUCUAGCUACCCUCCACCACCUUGGUCAUCCACUCCUGUUGCUGACCCUCCUUAUCCCAUGGCUAGUGAGCCAGGCAGCGUUUCUGUCAGGCCCAUGCAGACAUCAGGUGCUUCCCUGCAGCGUUACAAUUCAUUCAGCCCACGAGGGGACAUGCCUCAAUCAUCAAGAGGGACACAGAUGACCAAUGAACCAAGGAAUUCCGUGCCAUCCUCCAGUCAGAAAGUGUUUGUUCCUUCAAACAGGUUGUUCGAGGAUCUAGUAAAUUUGAGGACUGACGAUGCUGGUGUUAAAACAAGUGGGAUGGCCUUAAACUCUGGCCUCUCCGGCCAAGGCUUAUCUGGGGGAAGGAAGUAAAAGUGCUGUUGUAAUAUAUUUGCAUAUUGUUGAUGGAUGUCCUGGGAACCGGAUGAGGCCUGUAACGUGUACAUGUUUAUUCGAUGGUGUUCGAAAGAAAUUUCUGCAUAUUGCUGAGGGAAGUCCUGGGAACUGGAUAAGGACUGUGAUGUGUACAUGUUUAUUGAAUGGUGUUGGAAAGAACAUAGUGUCAAAGUCUUUAACCGGCGCAUUCAUGCCAGCAAUAAGUGGGAGAAGAGCAAUUGCGAAAUGACAUUAAUUAUUGCUGUCACGCGAGAUGUUCUGUAAAUACGGGUACCGUUUCAGAUGAUA